AUGGAUAUGACAUCAGCAGCGGAGGCACGGAGCUGGUACGACAACCAGCGGCUCGGUGGGUCGCCGGGAACGUCGGCCGCCCUCGGUCACCAGACGGCCGCCGUCGAUCCGUCCGAGAUGAACCCGUUCUAUCCGCUCGAGAAUAGCUCCCAUCGCCGGUACUACCCGACUAGCUACGGACCGCACGCAUCCCGGAUGGCCUCGUCACACGUCUCACCGCAAGUCUGCCGGCCGCACUUCCACGGGCCCCUCUCCUGGCUGAGCGACCCGCCGAAGCCGAUCGCGUCCGGCAACCCGUGGGGCAGCCCGUUCGCCUGCCCGCAGGACCCCCAGGACAAGCUGAGCCAGGUGCAGGGCGGCCAGGCCGGCCAGCACCUGUUCUCGUUCCCGCCGACCCCGCCCAAGGACUCGACGCCCGACUCGGUGCAGACGGCGCCCGCCGAGUACCAGGCCACGAUCAACGCGUUCAUGCACCAGGCGCAGGUCAGCUCGAACAACACCACGGCGGACAGCUGCGGGCUGGACGUGAAGCCGUGCCUGACCGGGGGCAACGGGGCGGGUGCCAGCGGAGGCCAGAACCAACCAAAGCAGCGAGAAGAGGGCCGAGAAUGUGUCAACUGUGGUGCAACGUCGACGCCUCUAUGGCGACGGGACGGUACCGGCCACUACUUGUGUAACGCCUGCGGACUCUACUACAAAAUGAACGGCCAGAAUCGACCCCUGAUCAAACCGAAACGAAGACUGACGAAACAAUCGCUUCAAAGUGCCGCCCGACGAGCGGGAACCUCGUGCGCCAACUGCAAAACGACCACCACCACCCUGUGGCGACGGAAUCAGGGCGGCGAACCCGUUUGCAACGCCUGCGGACUCUACUACAAGCUGCACAAUGUUAAUCGACCGCUCACGAUGAAGAAGGAAGGCAUCCAGACGCGAAACCGCAAGCUCUCGUCGAAGUCGAAAAAGAAGAAAGGAAUCCCCGGCUCGUGUCUUCCGCUCGGCAGCCAUCUUGGGGACCUCAUGAAACCGUUAGACCACAAGCCCUCCUUCCCCGGCGGAUUCCCCGGCUCUAUGGGACAACAUAGUCAUCUUUCCGGUGGACUGCAUCCGGCCCAUACGCAUAUGCACGGCGGUUGGUACACGACCGGCAUGGGAGCCCUCGGAAGUUCCGGUGGACUCCAGAACGGGUUCGGCGGAGCUGGCUCGCUAGGUGGCGGUGUCGUCCCGCAUUCGCAAUCCUACCAUCUAGGACUAAAUUCAAUGAGUUGGCGCUCGGAGUACACGUGA